AUACUUGCAGGCUGCUCAUAGAAAUAUAGAGGGGCGGUGGUUUAGUUCUUUUGCAGUUUAUAGUCUAGUUUGUUAACAACCCCAUGUAGGAAAAUUGGAAGAAAGUGGAAAUAAAGAGGAAGUUGAAAGAUUUUGUAGUAGAAAAAGGGAGAGAUCUUUUAUGGGAAGACUAAGAGAAAAAGAGCAGCUUAAAUCCUGUUAAGAAACAGCUGGUAUAGUUGCUAGUUGGUGGUGGAAAAAGAAAGGAUCUUUUUCUUGAGUCUUUAGUUGAAGAAAGACAAAAAGAAAACAGGAAAAGUUUGAGGGUUGGAGUUGAAUCUACUACCAACCCUAAAAGAGACUGAUAAUUAUGGAUGCAUAUGAAGCUACAAAAAUAGUUUACCAAAGGAUUCAAAAUUUGGAUCCUGAAAAUGCCUCAAAAGUUAUGGGGAUUCUUCUGAUACAAGACCAUGGUGAGAAAGAAAUGAUCAGAUUAGCUUUUGGUCCAGAAGCUUUAGUUCACUCAGUCAUUCUUAAAGCAAGAAAAGAACUUGGCCUUGCCUCAAACUCACCUUCUUCUACACCUUCAACUCCUUCUUCACCUUCACCUUUUAGUGGUGUUUUUUCAAGGCAGAAUUCUUCUGGUGGAAGGAUUCUUGGUGGUAUAAACCUUCCUUCACCUCUUAGCAUAACUAGUAACAACCAGUCUUCAACUGUUUCAGCUUCUUGGAGUAAUACUACUCCUAGCUUCUCUGACUUCCAAGAAACUGAUCUAGUUAGUCCUAGUGCUUCCACCAAUGGAAUCAGCAACUCCACUAUGAAUUCCUCUGCUCCACCCUUUUAUUGCAGUGGAGAAAUGGAUUUGAUAGAUGAGUUUCAACUACAGGACCAACUUUCUUUCUUGAAUGAUGGGUCACCAACCUUGGGUCCUAAAAAUCCUGAUGUUUAUUACCCACACCAACAGCAGCAGCAGCAAGAUUUAGCCUCAAGUCCAAGUGGGGAUUUCUCUUCAUACAACUGGGGUAGCAACUCAGUCAACGGCCUAUCCCAUAGGAGGAGUUGCUCUGUGAGUGAUAUUUCUUUAGGUGGUGAUGACCAAAGUGGCGGAUUUGGUUGGAAACCUUGUCUGUAUUUUGCUAGAGGGUAUUGUAAGAAUGGAAGUAGCUGUAGGUUCCUACAUGGUGCUGGAGAGGUGGUUUCUGAAGUUGUGGGGUCACCAAGCAAGUUUGAGAUGAUGGAGCAGCAUUGUCAACAACUUCUCAGAUCUAAGUCAACAGCUCAGCAGCAAAGACUAACCACUGCUUCUCAGCUCAUGGCUUCUUCUAACUUCCCUUUCUCUCCUGUGGCUGCUAACAAAUGCAUGAACUUUCUUCAGCAUCAACAGUUGCAGCAGUCUGCUGAGAGUCCCAGAGCAGCUGCUGCUGCUGCAUUGAUGAUGGGUGAUGACAUGCAUAAGUUGAACAGAAUUCGUUUUGAAAGAGGGGAUUUUGGGUUGAAUGGUGGAGCUGGGAUAGCUAAUCCAGGUUCAAGGCAAAUUUACUUGACUUUUCCAGCUGACAGUACUUUCAAAGAAGAGGAUGUUUCCAAUUAUUUCAGCACUUAUGGGCCUGUUCAGGAUGUGAGGAUUCCAUACCAGCAAAAGCGGAUGUUUGGUUUUGUUACAUUUGUUUUUCCAGACACUGUGAAGACCAUUCUUGCCAAAGGAAAUCCUCAUUUUGUAUGUGAUGCUAGGGUACUUGUCAAGCCAUACAAAGAAAAGGGCAAAGUCCCAGAAAAGUUUAGGAAGCAACAGCAGCAGAUGGAGAGAGGAGAAUUUACUGGAUGUGGUAGUCCUACUGGCCUAGACUCCAGAGAUCCAUUUGAUAUUCAGCUUGGUGCAAGGAUGUUUUACAAUAGUCAAGACAUGAUGUUGAGGAGAAAAUUGGAAGAACAAGCUGAUCUGCAACAAGCAAUUGAGCUCCAAAGCAGGAGACUGAUGAAUUUACAGCUUCUUGAUGUCAAGAGGAGCAACCAUCACCGUGCCCUUUCAUUGGGAGCUGUUAUCCCGUCCCCACCUCACUCUCCAGGCUUCUUCAAUCAAAACUUUGUUCAUUCCCCCAACCUUAGCAGCCGAGAAGCCGUAGAAGAGAAUGGUUUUGCUCCAAAAAUGGCCAAUUUUGCUGCUUUUUCCCCAGAAGAAAAGAACCCAAAUCUCACUGCAAAGGACAGGGACUGCUACACAUCUAAAGAUGAAAAUAGCAAUGGCAAAGAAAGUUCCAAGAACGAAGAAAAUGAUUUUCAAGAAAGCAGUUUGGAGCAUAAUCUGCCAGAUAGUCCAUUUGCAUCACCAAAAGCUGUUGGAGAAUUCAUCACAACUUUCUCAAAUGAUGUUACUACUGGAGAAGCUGACAAAGGUGCUGGAUUAAAUGCAUCAUCAUCGUCUGCUAACAAUAAUAUGAUCCCUUCUUCCUCCUUGUUUCCUGCUACUAGUGCACUAGACAUCACUCCUUUCAAAUCAUGUUACUUCCAAAUGCCUAGGUUCCCUUCAGGACAUGGCACCAUUGGAAUGUAGGCCUGGACAGCUUGUUAUGUUCCGUAGUGUAGCUUCCUUAGUUUAGGAAGGAAAGAAAGAUGACGAAUGUAACUUAAAACAAAAAUACUACUGUAUCAAGAACCAGCCAGCAGCCAGCCAGCAAAUACAUACACUACUUACUACUACUACUACUAUACAAAUAUGCAUACAUAUAAAAUAUGAUGUGUGACAGCCAUUUCCCAUCUCUGGGUUGUAAUGUUUUAAGAUCUUUUUUUCAUAUCUUUCUGAUAGUUGAGGCUGGACCACAGGUUAAAAGAAAAACAAAAAGGAAAAUUAGCCAUAGGUGAAAAGAAAAAUCCAAAGCAUCAACUUUUGGGACUGUAAUUUUCUUCCUCUUUCCCUCAAUAUUCUUGGGUAUUAGUGUGACAUCCCAAAGGUUUAGUGUUUCUUUUUUCAAGUUUUAUGUUGUAAUCAGUUGUACAGAAGAUGCAGCAAGCAGAAGGGCAGAAGACUAAUCAAGGCAUCAAGUGAAGGUAAAUUCAAGAAAAUGCCAUAUAAGUAAAUUUGAAAUACUCACUUAGUAGGCAAAGGAAAAGUGUUUUGUUGUAACUUUGUACUGUAUCCUUCAAUGGGGUUUAAUACUAAUAUGUUUUAGCAUAUAGUUUUGUUUUUAUUAGUAUGAUAAGGAGUAGUAGCAGGCGCUUUUUAGGUACAAAAAUGAAAUGGUAGUGUCUCUACCAUAUGUAGCAGCUACCCUUUUUUUAAUUUUAUUUCAACCUUUUGUUGUAAUUUGAUAAGCAUUAGAUAGUAUCAAUCAAGAUGUAAACAGACAGAAAAAAGGAGGAAAAUUGAGGAAGUUUCAUUUCAUGUAUUA